GCUGGGGGCUCUGAACGGCGGCCACUGCGCCAGGUGACGUGCGGCAUCAACUGCAGACAUGCUGCUCCUUAAGAAGCAGACCGAGGACAUCAGCACCAUCUAUGAGAUCCGGGAGAAGCUGGGCUCGGGGGCCUUCUCUGAGGUGGUGCUGGCCCAGGAGCGGGGCUCUGCACACCUCGUGGCCCUCAAGUGCAUCCCCAAGAAGGUGCUGCGUGGCAAGGAGGCACUGGUGGAGAAUGAGAUUGCUGUGCUCCGCAGGGUCAGCCACCCCAACAUCGUGGCCCUGGAGGAUGUCCAUGAGAGCCCGUCCCACCUGUACCUGGCCAUGGAACUGGUGACAGGUGGAGAGCUGUUCGACCGCAUCAUGGAGCGGGGCUCCUACACUGAGAAGGAUGCCAGCCACCUGGUGGGGCAGGUCCUCGGUGCUGUCUCCUAUCUGCACAGCCUGGGCAUCGUGCACCGAGACCUCAAGCCUGAAAACCUCCUUUAUGCGACCCCUUUCGAGGAUUCCAAGAUCAUGGUUUCCGACUUUGGACUCUCCAAGAUCCAGGCUGGCAACAUGCUGGGCACAGCCUGUGGAACCCCAGGCUAUGUGGCCCCGGAGCUCUUGGAGCAGAAACCCUACGGCAAGGCUGUAGAUGUGUGGGCCCUGGGUGUCAUCUCCUACAUCCUGCUGUGUGGGUACCCCCCAUUCUACGAUGAGAGCGACCCUGAACUCUUCAGCCAGAUCCUGAGGGCUAGCUAUGAGUUCGACUCUCCCUUCUGGGAUGACAUCUCUGAAUCAGCCAAAGACUUCAUCCGGCACCUUCUGGAGCGAGAUCCCCAGAAGAGGUUCACAUGCCAGCAGGCUUUGCAGCACCUGUGGAUCUCUGGGGAUGUAGCUUUGGACAAGGACAUCCUAGGCUCCGUCAGUGAGCAGAUCCAGAGGAACUUUGCCCGGACCCACUGGAAGCGAGCAUUCAAUGCCACCUCGUUCCUGCGCCACAUCCGUAAGCUGGGGCAGAGCCCGGAUGGUGAGGAGACUCCCCGGCAGGGUAUGACUCAUCACAGCCACCCUGGCCUGCAGACUGGCCAGCCCCCCAAGUGGUGAUCAUGCCUAGGUGUCCAGGCAGAUGCCAAGGCCAAGUGGACUGACCCCUUUCCUUCCACCUCAUUCCUGGGGUUGCCUCUGCUGCAGACUUGGAGACGUGGCUGUGGCGCAUGGUGCAGAUGCAGGGUGUGGGGGCCCUGAGUCUGUGCCACAGGCUCUGCCCUUGCUUAGGGCCAAUGACUCCCCUCCUGGGGUCACUGCCCCCCUCUAGAUGCUGGGGAGGGUUGCCAGGGGGGCCCCAAGGGCCACCCCUCCCUUGCACACAUGCUUGCACGCACACACACACGUGCACACACAUGCACGCAUGCACUCAUGCACGGCUGUCCUGUGCUUCACUGACCGUGAAUGGGCUUGCUUGUGUCGUGCCUGCAC